AUGGGUGAUGCCUUCCCAGCAGCCUCCAGUCCCUUCCUGCCUGGCUAUUCCGGCCCCUCCCCCCUAACCUCUGACCCAGCCUACAGAUCACCCAAUCAGAUGGCUCAGCUCUGGGCCGCCCACGAAGGCUACGCCCCUCUCCCAGGCGGUCUGUACCCCAGCCCCUACCACCUCCCCCUGGGUAACCUGGAGCCUCCUCCCCCCUCGCUGGGCUUGGCUCAGCACCACCACCUCUACAACGCACCACACCAAGAGAGGUUCUUCCUGCCGGUGUCGUUACCCCAGCCGCCUCUCCAACCCUCCUCCGUCCCCCAGGACCGAGACAUACUCUACCGCGAGGAGAGGGAGAGAGAGGAGCCUCAGGAGGGGGGCAGAGAGCGAGACAGACUCUACCGCGAGGAGAGGGAGAGAGAGGAGCCUCAGGAGGGGGGCAGGGACCGAGACAGACUCUACCACGAGGAGAGAGAGGAGCCUCAGGAGGGGGGCAGAGAGAUACCCUACCGCGAGGAGAGAGAGAGAGGCGAGAGGGAGCGGUCGAGAGAGGAGCCUCGUCCAUACAGUGUGGUAGAUCUGACACAGGAUGGGAGGAGUGGAGAGAGAGAACGCCACAGAGAACGAGAGACGGAGCGUGACAGAGACCGAGAGAGAGAAAGAGAGGUUCUCCCCUCUGCUUCUCGACCCCCCCAGGGCUCCUCCUCUUCUGGGCGUUACCCAGAGACUGAUGACACACCCACUCGUUCCCCCAACCCUAACCCCAGCCCCCACACACACACAGACAGGCUGAGGAAGACUGAAUCUACCUACAGCGGUGGACUCCUCCCUGGCCCCGCCUACCCUGCACACCGGGAGCCUAUCAGGGAACAGCGCGUGAGCGCGCCCACUUACGUGCCUUCUGUGGAGGUCUAUGAUGAGCAGAUCGGCCCGAUCCAGAUCGCAUCGCAGGCCAGGGACAAACAGGACAAACUGAGAGAGAAGAGAGAGAGAGGGAGAGAGAGAGAGAGGGAGAGAGAGAGGGAAAGAGAGAGGAAAGAGAAGGGAGAGAGAGAGAGGUUUCCUGAAAAGACACUAUCGGACCGUCGCGCUUCUCUUCCUGGUGAUUUGUCCAAUCAGAGAGAGGAGGAGGGCUCCGUGAUCUGUUCCAACGGUUCGGCGCUGAAACGAGACGGUUACGUCAGCCAAUCAGGGUUCAGCCCGGACCCCAGGGACACGCCAAAACAUGCCAUCCGAUUGGGCUUGGAGCGGGUGGGGGAAGGGCCUAAAUGGAACCCCAUCAGCCCAUUGGCCAACUACGCCACCAGUCAUAUGGCAGCUCUGGCCUCCCAGCACGGACACACACACUCCGCACAGCAGGCACGCACACACACUCAGCCCUCACACAACAACCAGCCGGAACUCAACAGACCCCCUUCCAACCCCCACACACCCCAACACAGACACACACACACUCAACCCUCACACCAUAACCAACAGGAACUCAACAGACCCCCUUCCAACCCCCACACACCCCAACACAGACACACACACACUCAACCCUCACACCAUAACCAACAGGAACUCAACAGACCCUUAUCCAACCCCCACACACUCCAACACAGACACACACAUUCCCCCCACCCUCCGCCCCAACCCCAGAGGGGAGAGGAGGGACAGGGGCGCUACUUGGACACCUCAGCCCUGUACCGCCCAGUGGGGGGAAGGAGAGGCAGCGGGGGAGGAGGAGGGGGGUGUGAGGGGGGAGCAGACGGAGGAGAGGUGUCGGCCAUGCAGAGUCUGAUAAAAUACAGCGGGGCCUUCCCACCUGAACGCCAGGGGACCUCCAGGCAGAACACGGACAACCAAGCCGCGUUCGGAGGGCUGGCGUUCAUGAGGCUGGAGGGAGGAAGAGGAGGAGGAGCGGGGGGGAGGCUGAUGAAGAGAGAGCAGGAGCGUCCCGACAGCUCUCGGUCGUUGGGACGCGGCGGGGGGGCCGGCGAGGGUGGGGGAGUGGUCCGUCACCCUCCUGUUGGGAUAGCAGUGGCAGUGGCCAGACAGAGCAAUACAGACUCCCAGAGACCUCUACUACUGCACGCAGGGGUUAAAGACGAGGAGCGGGGGGACGAGCGAGCCCGUCACCGUGGUGACAGACUGGGGUGCCUGGAGCGUGAGCAGGAGAAGUUGCUCAGAGAGAGUAAGGAGCUGGCAGAGUUUACCCAGAUGCACCCCCCCUUGGUGUCCAGCGCCCUGACCUCUAACCUCAUGACCUCCAACCUCAUGGUGACUGGAGGCUCCGCCCGCUGGCCCCACGACCCCUCCCCCCUGACCUCUCACCCCUGGAUGCCCCGCCAAGGAGCACCGCCCAUCUGGCUGUCGGGAUCCCCCUACGGUUUAGGCCCCUCUCCGCUGCACCAGGCCCUCCCUCCCUACCAGCUGGCCAGAGACCCCCAGUCAGGACAGCUGAUGGUUAUAGCCACAGAACACAUCCCACGCUACGGAGGAGAUGUGUUGGAUGGGGGUGGCGCCCCCCAGUGGCCAGGGGUGUAUGGAGCAGGCAGUUCUCUGCAACAUGCCGCUCAGCUGCAGAUGUUGUCACAGCAACAGAUGCUGAGGCAACACGAGCUGGUGAUGAUUCAACAACAUGCUGCUCAGGUCCUGGAGCUGCAGAGGAACGCUCAACUGAUGGAGCGUCUGAAGGCCAGUGAACAGAGGGCAGAGCUAGAAGAGAAGACCAAUAAGAGGAGUUCCGAGCCCAAACCCCGCCCCUCGCCACGCCCCACUUCCUCCCCCUCCCUCCACUGCCAUAAAACUCCCCUCCGUUCACCUCCCCCCUCCACCUCCUCCCUCACCCCCCUGUCCUCCCCCAGGCCCACUCUCCAACACCCGGAGGUCCAGAGAGAGAGGUCUCACCCUUCCUCUCCCCUUCCUCGCCCUCCCGCCCCACACUCUGCCUCCCCCCUGAGACCCAAGCAGGACGCUGACGAGGGAGAGGAGGAGGGGGGAGAGAGGGGGGAGAAACAGACCACCGCCCCCUAUCACCGAAUCUACACAGAUAUCACCCCUGGUUACCGUUACCAGUCCAUCACCCCGCCGUUCAGCGCCCCUAUUCCCCCCCCCCCUCCCCAUCCAGCAGGGGUAACAAACACCCUCGGUCUCCUCCCUGCCGCCACUCCUCCGGGCCACAGCUCCAGACGUGAAGCCUCGGGGCCUGAACUCCGGCCAGACCAGGGGACCACGCUGAAGCAUGACCCCGACCAGGAGCCACCCCAGCUGCCACAAGAACAACAGACCGAGGAGGAAGAGGAGGAGGCAGGAGCAGUCAAGAUGGAGGUGUUGAACCACGGCUGCCGAGGAGCCUAUCAGCUUCCACCGUCCGUCCCGAAGGUGGAGACUAAACCAGAGGUCACAGAGAAGUCUAGUCCCACCCAUUACCCAUCAUGCAUCACGAACAUCGUCCCUGAUGACUCCAUGGCUGGUCUGAUGACGCUGUUGGCUGCCAGUCAGAUGCCCCAGGCUGCCCCCCUGCCCUACCCACCCUGCCCCAGACAGAGGCCUCCUCGCUGGGGAGAGACGUGGCCAGUCCUGGGUGUCUGGAGGUCUGGGCUCUGUGAGGUGUUGUGUGGUCUUGACAGCCUGUUAGAGGCAGGUAGAAAGGUGUUGCUGGAGGCCAUUGAGAGCCAGUCUCACAUCAACCUCCCCAGACAACUACACCCCAGCAAGACCUACAGCUGGAGGAUGAGGACAGACCCACAGGAGCAGCUCUUCAGUACGCUGUGUGUGGAGGUGUGUGAUGGAGGGGAGUCUCAGCAUCGGAUGAGAUUAGCGGAGCUACAGAGGCAGUACAAGGACAAACAGAGACAACUACAGAGACAACUGGACCGGCUGCAGAGACGCUCUGACACCCAAGAGGUUCAGCAGCAGGAGGAGGAGAGGCGGAGUCUAACCAGACGUGGGCGGGGCCGACCUAGGAAGAGGAAACGUGUAGCGACGCCCCCUGGCAAGAUGGAGUCCCGGACAGGGAAGGAUGGAGGGGUGAUCCCCUCGUCUGGAGGGAAACAGAAGGUUAGAGGUCAGAGGAAGACUGUUUCUCCUCCUCUUCCUCACUCCUCCUCUCAACGCUCCAGCUACGACUACAACUCUGACUCUGAAGAGGAUGUCCCCCGGGGGGGCUGUCAACCCUUCUCAGGGUUGCGACCCCACACAACCCCGCCCAGGAAGAGACCGUCCCCCUCCUCGUCCAAUCAGGCGGCUCGGGAGAGGAAACAGAAGCACUUAUCCCUCCUGCUGCAGGAGGCGGGGCUUAGCUCCUCCGACGACUCCUUCGAUCAAGAGUCCUCCACUGAGGAGGACGAUGAUGAGGAAGAGUCGUCGUGCUCCGAGGGGAGUGAGCUGGAGGAGAGUGGGUUGGGCCUGCUGGCCAGGUUCGCAGCCAGCGCCCUCCCGGUUAACCCCGUCCCCCUGCCCCGUCUCCACGACAACAAACACCGUAGCAGGCAAAGCAUUCUGGGUUCUGGUUCUGACCCGUGUCUGAGGAAGUUCCCCUCUCUGCUCCACGGGAAACGCUCCGCUCCCGAACUCCCCCUGUUACCCCCGGCAACGCGCCACGGCGACCACACUAGCAACGAGACCUCGCCGGUCAAACGCAAACCUCGCCCAUCUCCUCGGUCGCCCCGGAGAUUCACCUUUGACCCCGCCGGGGGACUAGGGGGAGGGGCUAGCGAGGAGGAGGGAUGGACACGCAGACGCAGCGAGAGGAUUUUCCUUCAUGAUGCCUCCACCAAUCAGAUCUCUCCCUCCAGCAAAGACCCUCCAAUCAGCACUAAACCCGCCCCCAGACCUAAAACCACACCCAGGGACGGGAAAGACUGGAAGAAGAAGAGGCUGAAGGACUCUCCCCUGACCCCGCCCUCUCUGUCUAGUCCAAUCACAGAGAGCCCGGUAGCCCCUCCCCUCAGCCCUGCACGCAAGAGCCAAUCAAAAGCCAAGGCUAAACCCCGAGAGGCUCGUGGAGCGAUCAGUAGGCUGAUGAAGAGUAUGGAGGCUGAUGAAGACUUCGAACCCAGUCAGGACAGCAGCUUCUCUGAAGACGAUGGACCUCCUCCGUCACACAGCAGUCUGGCUGAGAGGACCCUGUCGUCUGCUCCGGUCCAGUGUGUGUUAGAUAAAGACUCUCUUCAGGAUGGUCUGAGGGUUCUGAUCCCCAUGGAUGAUCAGCUGCUGUAUGCUGGACACGUCAACACGGUACACUCCCCGGACAUUUACAGUGUGGUGGUGGAGGGGGAGAGAGGGAACAGACCUCAUAUCUACAGUCUGGAACAACUCCUGCAGGAGGCUAUUGUGGAUGUGAUGCCCUCGUCAGUCUGGUAUCUUCCUGAAGGCUGUCGUGUUGCUGCAUACUGGAGCCAGCAGUACCACUGUCUCUACCCCGGCACCGUAGUCAACGGAAGUUCAGACGGUGAUGACAGUGAUGACCUCGUCACGGUGGAGUUUGAUGACGGUGACACGGGUCGCAUCCCCCUCUCCCACAUCAGACUGCUGCCCCCUGACUACAAGAUACAGUGUGCUGAGCCCUCCCCCGCGCUGCUAGUGGCCAGCUGCUCCAGGAGGCGUGUCAGGAAGUGCAGCAAGGACACCAGUGAGACGAGGCCUAAAGCGGGGGACUCCGCCCCCAAGGGCAGAGGGAGACCUGCCAAGAAACCCAAACCUGAGCCCCCAGUGAGCCCAGACCCCCGGGAGACGAUACCCCCCCCGGGACCCAGCCAGGCUCCAGACAGACCUCAGCUCCCCACCAGACCAGCCCAGGACAGGCCCUCCUCCUCCCAGAGACCUGCUCAGGAAAGACCCCUGUCUGCCCCCAGGCCGGGACCAGGCCGACCCUCCAAGCCCACCAGCACCCCCAGCCUGCCUGCCCCCCCACGCAGCCAGAACCCUAGGAGACCCAGCCCAGCCUCUCCCAAGCCCCCCUCCCUCUACCACCCAGCCCCUUACGGGAAGAUACUAAGGGUGGACCUGUACAGCCAACCCAACCUCACCUCUUGUAACGUCAGCACCCAACCUAACCCUAAAACCAACCCUAAGUCUAAACUCUCCCCUCCACUACUUAAACCCAACUCUACUUCCCCUAUCAUCAGACCCAAGCCUCUUCUACCUAACCCUAAAACUAACCUUACCUCCGUACCAAAAUCCAAACCUAGACCUAACUCUACAGCAGAACUCCCAGAAGUCCCUGCAGCUAACUUUAGUCCUGAUCACAACAAACCCAGAACCGCUCCCAAAGCAAUCUCCAGACCCAAACAGAACCAUAACAAACCCAGGCUCACCCUGGAUCCUUCUACCAGGCCCAGAACCAGCCCUGGGUCUAGCUCCAGCACCUCUAAACCUAGAACCAGCCCUGGGCCCAGCUCCAGCACCUCUAAACCCAGAACCAGCCCUGGGCCCAGCUCCAGUACCUCCAAACCCAGAACCAGCCCUGGGUCCAGCUCUAGUACUUCUAAACCCAGCCCCGGGCCCAGCUCCAGUACCUCUAAACCCAGAACCAGCCCGGGGCCCAGCUCCAGUACCUCUAAACCCAGACCCAGCUCAGACCUCUCUGCUGUCAGAUCCAGACCGGACCCUAGCACCUUUAUUCCUGGUAUCUCCAGACCCAGGCAUGUCCCGGGGGAGGACGGGGUGGGAGGGCAGGGCGGGGUGCGACAUGGGCGUAAGGCCCUGCUAGAGGAACCCCUAGUAAAGCUGGACCACGAGGGCGUGACCUCACCCAAGACCAAGAAGACCAAGGCUCUGAUGCUGCUGGAGGCCAGGAGCUUACGGCAAGAACACACACCCCUCGCCACGGCCGCAGCCAGCCAGAAGCCGGCGAGGGUAAAGGGGAGGGCUCCGGAGAGCGAGGCGGGGCUGCUGGAGGCCAAGGGCUUACGGCAAGAACACACACCCCUCGCCACGGCCGCAGCCAGCCAGAAGCCGGCGAGGGUAAAGGGGAGGGCUCCGGAGAGCGAGGCGGGGCUGCUGGAGGCCAAGGGCUUACGGCAAGAACACACACCCCUCGCCACGGCCGCAGCCAGCCAGAAGCCGGCGAGGGUAAAGGGGAGGGCUCCGGAGAGCGAGGCGGGGCUGCUGGAGGCCAAGGGCUUACGGCAAGAACACACACCCCUCGCCACGGCCGCAGCCAGCCAGAAGCCGGCGAGGGUAAAGGGGAGGGCUCCGGAGAGCGAGGCGGGGCUGCUGGGGAGAGAACCCGCCUACAGAACGCCUUCUCUGGGCAGAGAAAGAGACCGGGGUGGAGGGGGGGACAGAGAACCAAAGAGAGAGGAGAGAACAAAACAAGGGGAAGAGAAGAGAGGGGAGGAGACAGGGGGGUCUCACGGCAGCAGUAGUUCAGGAUCUGAGGAAGAGGAGGAGACGAAGAAGAAAACGAAGUGUAGCUCCAGCUGCUCCCACCCCUCCUCCCCAACCUCCUCCUCCUCAUCCUCCUCUAGCACCUCCUCUUCCUCUUCCUCCUCCACUGACGAGGAGUCCUCUUGUAGUUCUGACGAGGAGACCGCCCCCCCUGCACCUCUCCCCGUCUCCCCCCCUCCAACUACCCCACAGGAGGAGGUGGAGGAAGAGAAGGAGGAAGAGGAAGAAAUUAAGAAGUUGAAAAAGGCGGAAGAGGAAGAGGAGGAAGAAGUAUUAGAAGAAGAUCAAUCUCCCUCCUCUCCUCCCUCGUCUAUCUCCCCAUCCACCAAGCCAGCCAGGCCCCGGGGUCGUCCAGCCCGGCAGAAGUCCCAGGGAGGUGUGGGGUCGGUGGGCAGGCCACGGCGCAGGGAGGGGGCUCACCUCCCCACCACCAAGGAGCUGGCUAAGAGACGGCGAUUACCGAGCGUAGAGAACAGACCCAAGAUCUCUGCCUUCCUGCCUGCCAGACAGCUCUGGAAGUGGUUCGGUAAUCCCACACAGAGGCGUGGUAUGAAAGGGAAGGCUAAGAAGCUGUUCUACAAGGCCAUCGUGCGGGGGAGAGAGAUGAUUGGUAUCGGGGACUGCGCCGUGUUCCUUUCGGCCGGCCGACCCAACCUGCCCUUCAUAGGGAAGAUCCAGAGCAUGUGGGAGAGCUGGGGUUCCAACAUGGUGGUCAGAGUCAACUGGUUUUAUCACCCGGAGGAGACCAACCCUGGCAAGAAACUACACGACAAGAAGAACUGGGAUCAGAUGUCUGGUCAGUCUCUUCCUUCAUCUCUGCUCUCCUCUAAUCAGAGGAAAGACUUCAUGGAGGUGAGACCCUACCACACCCUACCACACACACCCUACCACACCCUACCACACACACCCUACCACACCCUACCACACACACCCUACCACCCACACCCUACCACACACACCCUACCACACACACCCUACCACACCACACACACACCCUACCACGCUGACCGUCUUUCAAAGAUAAUUCUGGCUGAAAAUGCCAAAUAUACUUCACAGAUCUUCAUUGCUGAGGGUCCCUGCUCCCAUCUGGUGAACGUGCCUUAG